AUGGCGCUGAACACAAAUUUAUUGCCCUCUGUAGAAUAUACGAACGGUGACUCGCCGUUGGAGUCGACAUGCAGAGGUUAUUUCAUUGGAGAACCCACAAGUGACGAGAACCGUACUGAAGAGCAUUGUUCAAGGUAUACUACUAUGCAAUAAUUCUGGUGAAAUGCCUUCCUUAGUUGGCGACCUUUUAAGAAUCUGAUCUGAUUAUCUAUUUUUCAAAAGUUCAAGCAGUUCACCAAGAAUUGUACCAGCCGUACAUCAUAAUGGUUCAACACCUCUGCCCGUACCUGGCAAUAAUUCUGUUAGAAACCAAGUAAGUCCGUUUUCAUGAUUUGAAAUUUUUACUUUUAUUUAUAUUAUAUGAGCAGAGGAUGUAUAGCUGCAUUUUUUUGCAACUGUUUCCGGUUAAUUUCUUAAACACGUAGUACUUUUCUACUCGAAAAUUUAAUCCACAAGAAAUCUUUAACAUAACGAUAUUUUAUUAUGCGUUAGUUUUUUUUGUCACUUUGUCCUGACGACGAAUUUAGCUUCGUGUUUUUUUAUUGUUAAAAAUGCAACCCAUACAAUUCCUUGUUUUAUAAAGUGUUCUUAAUUUUGCCCGUUUUCAGGCGCAGUGUCAAAACUCCCUUAGUGCGGGCAGCUGGCAACUUGUUUCAGGUCCAGGCAGUCUCUGUAGUACCGCUGGGAGUGAUGGUUUUCAUCCAAGUUUGGCGAAACGUUUGGAAGAAUAUGGUCCAAAUAGUCUGAGCUCGUAAGCCUUUAUUGUUGCCGCUUUUUAUGAUAAUUGUUUGAUUUAAUUGCAAGGUUCGUACGGAACUUGAAAGUCCUCGAAUGUCCUUGAAUUUGAAAAUAAAGAUUCAAGGCCUUGAAUGUCCUUGACUUUGUAAAGAAGUACUUGAAAAUCCUUAAAUUCUUCUUGCUUUAGUUUUUGGAUAUUUUCUGAAUAUGGUUGACAUUCAAAACGGACAUUUUGUUGAAUUGAUUUUUUUUUAUAUAUAAACUUUAUUAAUAUAUUUGCCUCAAAAGCCAAGGCUUAUCAAGGAGACUCAAAUUUAAUUUAUUUACAAAAAUGUUUUUAUAUUAAAAAAAGAAUGUGUACAAAAAUACAAACACAAAAAGAUACAACCAAUAACAAAGAGGAAGACAGACACAAUUGAGUCAUAAUGGCUAGGAGAAACGACAAGUAUCCAGAAUAUACCGUUGAACUAUGCCAAAUAACAUACAAUUUUCUUCAUAACUCAACUGGAUAGAUCCUUUCAACAUUGAAUUGAUUUUGCAUGUUCAUAUCUGACAAAGCUGUUUGAAACUCAUUAAAGUUGCAUUUUGACAAAUUCAACGUCAGAUUUGACUGAUUUUCUAGAAACCCCUUUUCUUCAGUAUUUAGUCCUUGAAUUUGCUGACUAUAUUUUCCUCAUUUUACAACAAUUCGCAACCAAAGUUUGCAAUUUUACUCGUUUUAAGAUCUUUUUCCAACUGUGGUAAUGGCUUUCGUUCUUAUUGUCUGGAUCAAAAUUUCGUCUAUAGCUCAUUCUCACUGUGAUCACCGAAACCACAGAAUACUAUACAGAAGUCCAUCUCCAUUGUUUUUUGCGUAAGCUCUAGUCGUCAUGAUUCGUCACUCAGCAAGUACCGUAAACAGAAGCAGUCUCCCCCUGGAAAUACUCAAAAUGGCGCACGUCCAUGGGGGGUGACUGCUUCUGUUUACGGUACUUGCUGAGUGACAAAUCAUAACGAAUAACGCUUACGCAAAAAACAAUGGAGAUGGACUUCUGUGUAGUAUUCUGUGCCGAAACUUUGAUAGUGUAAUCCAGCCUAAUAAAGCCUACUGUUGACUGGAAACCAUACCUUUUUCCUCGAGCGUUUGGGAAUGAGAAAACGUGAAAUUAAUGACCUACAGUAAGGAAUACCGUACUAGCAUGUAAGCAGUAAAUGAGCCCCGUUUGACUUAUUCAUUUUAUUGUUUGUCUUUUCCAUAUAGCUGCGAAGAAGCAGUGGAGGAGUCAGUGAGACGAACAAGACUGGAAACUGUGCGUAGUCUCUUUCUUAAUGUUUAUAAAGAUACUUUCGGAGACAGUGAAAAUCAAUCAAGUAACGUGACAUUAUCAAAAUUAUUUAAUCACGUCACUGAUAAACUCAAACCUCCCUGGGGAAGAUAAGCACCCCCACCCCAUCCCACCCCACCCCACCCCGAGAUUACACUAUAAAAACAGCUUCGUUUUGAAUUAUGAAAAAAAUGAGUUGGUUGUCUCAGACGCACUUAUUUGACCAACAUUUUUUUGGUUAAGACACAGUUAAUACAAAACAUGGUUUGGAGACUCGAUGAAAGUACAAUAUAACUCAUUAACUAUGUUGGUUUCGGUUAAUGCAAGAAUUUGGGCCUAUCUCGUCACGUGUGUAUUGUAUUUUUUCCCGCACAACCAAUAGCAAUGUUUAAAUUGAGCAUUUGUUCAAAUUACGGAGGGAUAACUCAACCACAAACUUCUUAUUGGUUAUUUGAGCGAAAAUACAAUACACACGUGACGAGAUAGGACCAAAUUCUUGCAUAAAGCCGGACAAUAACAUAGUUAAUGAGUUAUAUAAUUGUACUUUCAUCGAGUCUCCAAACCAUCUAUUAAAAUAAACAGACAACCAAAAAUUUGGUUAUUUUAACCAAUUUUUCGGUUGUUUUGACCAAAUAAUAUUGGACAAAAGAAAAUGCAUCUGAGACAACCAAUUCAAAUUGGUUAUUUUAACCAAUCUGUUUUUACAGUGUAGGUUAAGCCUGGUUCACUAUACCUGCGGUAUGUUGGUGGGCUAUUGUCGUUAGCAGUUCAACCAAAUAAUUCACAAAAGAAUGUAUGCAUCAACAGCUGUAAACAAUGAUAGCGCAGGCAUACCGCAGGCAUACCGCAGGCAUAUGUGAACCAGGAUUUAAUUAUAAAAUUUUUAGAAAAUUGUACAUAGUAUAAUUAUUAAAAUGCUCAAUUUUGCGAGAAUGUAGCCUCGCACGUCCUUUUUAAAGUUAGUGACACUUGCAUUCGCGAAUUCGCUUCAUUCUUGACAAGGUCUGUCCAGUUGGUUAUGAGAUC